AGUGAGCACAGUGCCGACAGACACACAAUUAAUAACCAUUAGUGUGUGUGGCUCUGAUAGCACUGUUGAUGGACUGGAGACUGUGUGUUUGUGUGUUGUCUUUCCGGUAACUCGGUGGGCGGUGUCUGAAGCUUUGCGGAAGUGUGUGAAACGGGAAUCAUAUGACCAGGCAGCAGCAGCCGGAGAAAAUGGUGUCGAGAUAUGGAUAAAAUCAUCCGGACACGGUGACUAACAUCCACAACCAGAACGAUGGAGGAGAUUAAAGUGUCUCCUGAUUAUAACUGGUUCAGAAGCACAGUGCCCCUGAAGAGAAUUAUUGUUGAUGAUGAUGACAGCAAGGUGUGGUCGCUGUAUGAUGCAGGUCCAAAGAGCAUCAGAUGUCCCAUCAUCUUCCUCCCUCCAGUCAGUGGGACAGCUGAGGUGUUCUUCCAGCAGGUGUUGGCUCUGACAGGCUGGGGCUACAGAGUCAUCUCGCUGCAGUAUCCUGUCUACUGGGAUCUCAUGGAGUUCUGUGACGGUUUCAGGAAGCUUCUGGAUCACUUGCAGCUGGAUAAAGUCCAUCUGUUCGGGGCUUCUCUUGGAGGAUUCUUGGCUCAGAAGUUUGCGGAGACAACACACAAGUCUCCCCGAGUUCACUCACUAAUCCUGUGUAAUUCAUUCAGCGACACCUCCAUCUUUAACCAGACAUGGACAGCUAACAGCUUCUGGUUGAUGCCAGCUUUCAUGUUGAAAAAGAUUGUUCUGGGGAACUUUGCUAAAGGACCUGUGGACCCUAAAAUGGCUGAUGCAAUUGACUUCAUGGUUGACAGGUUGGAGAGUCUGAACCAAAGUGAGUUAGCAUCACGGCUAACACUCAACUGUCAGAACUCUUAUGUGGAGCCACACAAAAUAAAAGACAUUGCUGUCACUAUUAUUGAUGUGUUUGAUCAGAGUGCUCUGUCUCUGGAGGCUAAGGAGGAGAUGUAUAAACUGUAUCCUAACGCCAGAAGAGCUCAUCUGAAAACCGGAGGAAACUUCCCAUACCUGUGCAGGAGCGCAGAGGUCAACCUCUAUAUACAGAUUCACCUGCGUCAAUUUCACGGGACGAGAUAUGCUGCUAUCAGUCCCGACAUGGUGAGCACUGAGGAGCUGGAGGUGCAAGAGAGUCACCUGAGAAGUAACCAUGACUCUGAAGACGACCAGUGAGACAAUGUUUCCCCGACAGCUGGUCCCUCUGAACAUUUCCAACAGUUUCUCUGUCUCAUUUUACAGGUUGAUCUCCAGUUUUUAUAUGGAAAUCAGCAGUCAAUCAGUGAAUCAACUGAGAAUAUUUUUAUUUGACAGAUGAAGCAAUAUUUUGAUAAUGACCUGUACAUAAAUGAUACUCAGCCGCUUUGCUUUAAAACACAUACAACACCUUGCCUUAUGUGGAAUGACUGUGAUGCUUGUUGCACUCAUAAACUGCCUGAACUGUUCAUGUCUGUGUGUAGAAUAUAUAAUGUAGUUAACAGUGCCAGCAGUGAACUGGUUCCCUGUUAACAAAGAGAUGAACACACUGGUUAAAGUGAGGAUGGACAGGUGUAUAUCUGAAAGUCUUUGUGUAAUUCAAUGAGAUAAAAUGACAUUUUUUCCAUUUGUUCUGGAAUCUUUACAGUAAAUUUUUGAAUUUCA